CAGGGUUAUCAAAGAUAAACCAGUGACUUCCACGUCGCAUCUACACCAGUAAGAUCUAGUCUGCAUCUGGGCUACACUAAGCAUACACCAUGAGAACUAAAUUGGUUUUUAUUCUUUUGUUUUUAAGCUUCAGUUUCGGGAGAGAACUGAAGAACAAUAAAAGGAUAAGACGAGCAGGUCUCUCAGCGUUUGCGAUGAAAUGCACAAGCUUCUUAAGUUAUCGACCCUACGAAGUAGGCAAACUGAAAUUGUGUAUCUACCACAGUGGAUUUAAAACAACAUACUUCGAGGCUGUAAGUAUUUGCAAAAAAGCUGGCUCCAGAUUGGCUCUGCUAGAUACGUCGCUCAAACGUAGAGUACUAUCAAAAGCCGUUAAUGUAUGGGCAAACCUGCAUGAUGAUGAACGAUGCCAUUGCUUCCUAUGCGAACCAGUCCUUACUUUUGAGAUGUGUCGCACAGUGAAUAAACUAUUUCUUUGUGAGAAAGUCAUUUAAAGCUUUUGACGAUCUCUUUUGAUACUGUGAACAAAUAAACUAAAAGAUUGUUAACAUUUUA